GCACUGCCCAGACCCGUCGCGGAGAUCGCUGCCACUCUUCGCCAGAGCUUUCGCGGAUUUUGAAUGGGGGACAGCUUGGACAGAGCAUGAACUCAGGGAGGAAGAAGGGGCCUUGGAAGGGACGCCGAGGUGGACGAGACGGGUGGCGGGGCUCUUGGGUUUCGCCAAUUGAGUGCGUUGCAGGAUCGUUUUCCCGGUUUCUCUGUGUCACACGCAUCUGUGCAAUGAGAUUCGAAUUGGGUGGGAGGGUAGAGUAGGGUAGAUUUAUUUAACUGUUUUCGCUGUUUGCCCCUCUUCUCCCCUUUCCUUUAACUAUAAUUUUGUUAGUUUUCGAAUUGGUUUGGCUUUUUCCUGGGAAAUCUUGGGAAUUUUAUUUCUUGGUUAGUGGCGGAUCCGUUCUGUUUUGAUGUGGUGUUGAUGUGCGGAUUAUUUGUCAGUGUGAUUUAAGUUUAUCUCUAUAUGUGAUUUUUUUUUUUAAAAUUUUUAGUUUUAUAUAUGUUUUUUGUAGUUGGAGAAUUGCGGUGUUCAUUGUAAAGGGACGUUGGAUUUACAGAGUUUGGUUCGUGUGGGGUGUGAGUGUUUAAAGGUUGAAAUCUUGGUGUACAUUUUUUCUUUUGAUCCGGUUGUCGAGUUUCGAGACAGUAAAUUUUUGUGUGGUUAUUUUGUUGGGCUAAUUUAGUCGUGAGCCUGCUUCGCCAUUUGCUGCGUAAGCACUUCAUUGUCGGUAGUUAAGUGUACUGCAGGUGACUCGUAAGCAAUCAGGUUUGUCAUCAUUUUUCCUCGGGAUUUUGAAUUUGAGAGCUGGCUUGCCAUUACGUCUGUCAAGAGUAAAUACAACGUGUUUAUGUGCUUGCCCUCUCUGCUAUCAAGAUGGCUUCUAUGUGGGAGAAGCUGUUUGUCCUGUCUUCUCUCCCAACUUGAUAGCUAGAGUUCAUUUGAAGCAUCAAUUAGGUUCCUCUGUUACUCUGAUUGUCUCCCUACGCACAAUUCUUUUAUAUAUCAAGUUCUUCCCCAGCUCACAAGCAAGCGUUCUGUCGAGCGCUGUCAAGGGGUUGGCUUCGUUGCAUUGCACUUCUUGAACUCAUCUUCGCUUUCCGCUUCCCUCAGCGUCACCCCUGCACUGUUAAUGUGCGUCUAACUGAUUGUUCUUUGUAGUUAGUUUUUAUUUUUAUUUUUUAUUCUCAUUUUGUUCCGCCUGUUCCUUUCCCCUCGCCGUUCGAUUGCAUUUCUAUCGAAAGACAAGUAGCGAUACAGAAGUUUUCUCAUAAGUCCUCUCAAUUCCAGGGCUUCUACUCACACAAUUCCUUUCUGAGCUGUUUCGAGCGUGAUUACUCAUUGCAUCAUUGAGACGCAUUUUUAAUUAUCCGAGUUCGAGUUAGCUGCUCUUUGCUACAGUUACUUCAGUUCCUAAACAGGUUUGUCCUGCAAAAUGUGUGACUUUUAGUAUGCACACAUCAGCCUCUCCGCUUCUCCGCUUCUUUCUACGUGCUGUUGCGAUAUUCCAGUACUUUGAGCUUCUUUGCUGGUAGCUGCCAAGAUUCUGCUAUGUGGCAAUAACUAGCACCUCUUCACGUCUGUUUAGGCUCCAUCUUAUUCCUUUCUAAUACAAGCUUUCGCUCUAAGCUUCGCACAGUGGGUAGCUUUGAGAAUGCGUUUUUGCUUCAAGUUUUCACAGCUCACGCGACGGUAGACACGUCCACCUGUGCGUGAGCAAUGUGUCAAGGCCGCCUUUGUUAAGGGCGUUCACAGUGCAUACUUUCUGAGCAACAGGUGGCGUCUCUGUUUGAGCUGCCUUCUCUUCAGCGAAGCAUUAACCAUCACCCAGCCACUUUUUAUUCAUAGUGAUUUUCCCACCUUCCUGCUUGCGAUUUCGUUGACCUAACGCUUGAAUAAUCUCCUGUCUCUCCCUUGGAACUGAAGCCCGUUCUCGUUCUGGUGGUAUCAAAUUCGACAAAGUUGAACUUCGUGGCAAGAGUUUGUAGUGGUAUGCUCUUAACGUUGGCAAUGGUAAUGGUGAUGACUUUCUGUCGCAUCUUUACGAUGCGCUCUCAAACAUUUACUGCAUAAGCCGUGCAGAUCGGCGAGCGUCCAAUUUGAUGGACAAUCGAACGGGCAGGGUAAGAGUGUAGUGUAAUCAGUGGGCAAGACUAUCAUCCGAGCUUGUAUCACACAGGACUCGGGAAGAAUAAUAAGCAUUAGGUCAAAGAUUUGCCACGAUUGAGAAAUCAAGGAAGUGCCUGCCUGUUCGCUCGCCCCUCGAGCACGUACUCGACCGCAGCAAUGGAUGGGUAUGAAAAGCUGGAAAAGGUUGGGGAGGGGACCUACGGUAAAGUGUACAAAGCAAGGGACAAGAGGACAGGUCGAUUUGUCGCGCUCAAAAAAACUAGGCUGGAAAACGAGGAUGAAGGAGUCCCUUCGACGACUCUUCGAGAGGUUUCCCUCUUGCAAAUGCUUUCUCAUAGCAUCUACAUUGUCAGGUUGUUAUGCGUGGAAAGUGUAGAUGAAAAUGGGAAACCCCAACUAUACUUGGUCUUUGAGUACCUCGACAGUGAUCUCAAGAAAUAUAUUGACUUGCAUGGCCGAGGCCCUGGCACCAACCCUAUUCCGGCAAAGACUGUUCAGAGCUUUAUGUAUCAACUCCUGAAAGGCGUUGCGCAUUGCCAUAGUCAUGGUGUGAUGCAUCGGGACUUGAAGCCACAGAAUUUGCUAGUGGACAAAGAGAAGGGUUUGCUUAAAAUUGCUGAUUUGGGUUUGGGCAGGGCGUUUACGGUGCCUCUCAAGAGCUACACUCAUGAGAUUGUCACGCUAUGGUAUCGAGCUCCGGAGGUCUUGCUGGGAGCCAGUCAUUACUCCACGUCUGUGGAUGUGUGGUCUGUGGGCUGCAUAUUUGCUGAAUUGUCUCGCAAGGCCCCUCUCUUUCCCGGAGACUCAGAAUUGCAGCAACUCCUCCAUAUAUUCAGGAUGCUUGGUACGCCUAAGGAAGAAUGCUGGCCUGGAGUGAAUAAGCUUCGAGACUGGCAUGAAUACCCACAAUGGCCCGCUAAAGACCUAUCACUAGCUGUACCAGACAUGAGCCCUGAUGCUCUGGAUCUUCUCUCUAGAAUGCUGGUGUUCGACCCUGCCAAGCGUAUCUCAGCUAAAGCGGCUUUGCACCACCCAUUCUUUGACGACCUUGACAAGUCCCAAUUUUAAUUGUGGCCGCAAACAUCUUAUGGGCUUCAUGUCGUUCAGCAAUACGUGAAUAUUCUUACACUCUGCAUCUAGUGGGUGCUCGUAUUGUGGGUUAUGGCUGUGCUACUAACACUGAGAAUUCAAUUAACAGGGUGGCAUGCCUUCACCACUUCAGCUGCUCGUAUGUAAGCGGAGUGUACCCAAUCUUGCUCUUAUCCUGAAAGCUCUAGGACAGCGUUGCAUACCAAAAAAAAACUCGAAUCAAGCGAAUCUCUUCGACUGAGCAUCUAUCCUCGACUGAUCCAACAAUCAUCCGACGGGGCGGACAAGUCACUGAACUUAGCUUGUCUGCCUUACCAAAGAAUGUGCUUCGGCGCAAAGAAACGUUGUCAACUUGAUGAAACUGAUGUUGAAAAUUCAAUAAUGAAGCAUGAUAUGGAAGCCAAUGUCAAUGCUGAAUUUAUAUUAUUUGGAAAAGAAAAACUAUACACUUAGGAUUUGCACCCAAAAACUGGUGAAUCCUGAGGAAGUUCUGAAUCACUGUUUAUGUUGUACUCUCGUUAGUGGCUUUUAAAGGGCUGGUCACUGUUCUUACGCUUUUUUUUCUUGAUAAUCAAUCCUUCUAUCUCAAAAUGGAUUAUCUUAACAGCACAAAAUUUUGUGCUAAAUUCGAUCAUCAAGUUUGUUGGUACAUGAACAAACGUCAACAGGCCAGAGAGCACCUAGUGUUGAAACGGUACUCGCUAAACAGCAAAAGGUUAAGAAUCUUGAACAAUGUAGUGAACCUGUUUGGUAUCUUUCGUUUUUUUACCAUC